UGAUCACAGUAUUUUAAAUGGCUACCUCUCCAAGCUCAGAAUCACGCUCUCAAACUCAAGAGAAUGGAAAUCAAUUAGAAUAUCUUUUCGGAAACAUGUCAAUCUCGAAUAACGACACAGUCGGUUAUGAUCUAAUCCACGAACUGGUCAAAGAUGACAUACACUGUAAACAGGAUAUUUUGAUCAUUCUCUUCCAUACGUUGCUGAUAAACAGAGGUUAUAGAGUUAUCCAUUCCCAAGAAGAUGUAGCAGGAGUUCAAGAAACAAGCGAAACAUUGCCUGGAGGAUGGAAUAGGAAUUCCUCGUUUUACACGCUUAGAUACCUCAACAUGAGAAAUAAGCGAGUCUACGAGUUACAAGUGGUUUUAUCGUGCAAUGACAACAUUGUUGUCAAUUUUCUGGAUACUGACAAUAUUACUGUGAGAACAGCUUCGAUGAAUGUGUCAAGGUACGUUAAGAAAAUGGAUGGUUCCUUGAUGGCAAUGGUGCCUAAAUAUGCUGAUAUUAUUGCUAUACUGAGUGGUAAUCUGUUGAGGAAAGAGAGAAGUGUGGAUUCUCAUUCACAGGUUUGUCAUUAAUGAAAUUAGUGAACAUUAUUAAUGACGAUAAUUUAAACAAUGAGAGACUUAUAUCAUAAACUCACUAAACAAGAGUUUUCAUGACAUCAUUUUGGGAGAUUUUGUUGGGAAAUAGAAAUGACGUGAAAUGUGACUGAAGAUUUGAAGAUGAAAAAUUUCUGGAACAUAGUUCAAGCACUUGUGUAUUGAAAAAACAAAAUUUGAUUGUGAUUCCAAAACAAAUUCUAUCAUGACAUCAUCCUAAAAGAUUUUGUUGGUAAAAAUGUAUUGAAAUAACGUUAAAUGUGCCUGAACAUUUGAAUAAGUAAAAUUUCUGAAACAUAGUUUGAGCUCUUGUGUAUUAAAACAACAAAACUUGAUUGUGACUCCAACAACAAUUUUAUCAUGACAUCAUCCUGAGAGAUUUUAUUGGGGAAAAUGUACAGAAAUGACGUUAAAUGUGCCUGAGGAUUUGAAGAUAAAAAAUUUCUGCAACAUAAUUUAAAGCCUUUGUGUAUUGAAACAACAAAAUUCAAUUGUGAUUCCAACAAAAAUUUCAUCAUUACAUCAUCCUGAGAGAUUUUAUUGGAAAAUGUUUAGAAAUGACGUUGAAUGUGCCUGAAGAUUUGAAGAUAAAAAAUUUCUGGAGCAUGAUUUAAGCUUUUGUG